CCUGCCGCUAAGCAGCCCCGGUCCUAGGGACAGCCUGUGCAGGCUAUCAAUCUCAUUUCUUUGACCAACCCUGUACCCCUGCGCGCGGGGAAAUUGACAACGGACGGUGGCUGUCAUAUUGCUUUUUCUACAGCGGGAACUGUUUGCUUUGCCUGUCCGGGCACGAGUGGCCCAUAAAUUGGGGCGCUUGCUGGGCUCUCGAGAAAGUCCAGACUGGCGGUUUAUUUACACCCCGCGCUGAUUUGUUUGCGACUCGAGUUUGAAAUUCAAAGCAAGAACAGUCUCAAUUGCAUCUUCACUCGAAUUUUUUCCCUUCAUUCCAGACUCCAACUCACACUCUAGAGUCCUGGCUUUCUUUUGACUUGGAGCCUGAUAUUGGGUCACGGUCCCCCUGUCAGCAAUCUGCUUUCCCGACCGUGAAGAUGCCAAUCACACCACAGCAUCCCCGCCAGAAUGUCGGCCCUUUCAUUGACAGGUUGAAUCACCUCUAUGGCCUUGAAAUUCCCAAUCCAAAGAUUUCUUCUCCGUCAGCUCUUGAGACCCAAACUUCACUUCGCUGGCGGGUCUACAAGGGCAUUAAAAGACUGUACUAUCAACGCAGACCCGGUCUCGAUCGCUUGAUCAAUGGCUUCGCCGAAUGGGUGGACGGGCAGAAUCAGCCCGGGGCAGCGAGUGCGCACGCGACACGAAACAGGCGCAGACACAGUAAAGAACCUACGAUACUGAGCGAUCAGGAGAGAAACAAGCGACUGGAGUACUUGCAGAGACUAGUCGACGACGAGAUCUGGGAAGCGGAUGGUGGGACGUUGAGAGCGAAACGCGUCUCGGAAAGUUAUACAGAUCGAUCCGCCCAGUCGGGCUCACCUAAAAAGCGGAGAUUAAUUGACGUGGAGGAAGAUGGGGACGACGAGUUUCAUACCGCGCCUAACUCGCCUACGAAAGCUGUCGGGCCUGUCCGAUCGCCCGGGCUGGACUUGUCGAAACUCGAGUUGGCUAUGCACGAUGGAGCGAAUGACUCGGAUGUCCCUGAAUUCGCCGCCCCCGAUAGUCGAUUCGAGAGGAUGAAGCCACCCUCCAGCUUUGUUGAGAGAUUGACUGCAUCCCAGCCUGCCCGCCGCAGGGACCCUAUCAAGCGGUACGAUGUGGUGCCGUCCGUCAGGGAUGAACUCUCCACAAGCUUUAUGACAACGACCUCGGUGUCGUCGGUGUUUACAUCUCGAUUGAAUCGGUCUUUCGACACGGAUAUCACCGAGCCACUUGUGACUCUAUCAAGCUACGCGGAUUCCGUGGUAGGCUGGAUGGAGCGAACUAUGGACGCGAGCAUAGAAGAUCAAACCAUGACCGACGUGGAAGAGGAGGACGAAAAGAUUGCCAUUCGAAAUCGACUGGUUGACAAUCUUCUUCGUUAUGGACCGUUCGCAUUCGAGCAAACACUCAGCGAGAAGAUUCCCUUGCGAUUCCGUUACGAGCUGGAAAGGGUCGGGCGAGCAUGGAAUGUUCCCCUCAAGAAUAUGCUCUGGGGGGAUAAAGCUCCAUUCGCGAGCCAGGAUUCAUUCUGGGAAUGGAUUACCCUCAGCCAUACCCAGCGCUGCGCCCGUCCUGUCCCCGAGCGAUCCCCAGCCAAGGCUUGGGAUGCGGCAGUGGAAGACUUCAAGACUGAGAGAGCUUCCGAGGUAGUCAUCAUGUCCGGCAAUCUCGAGUGGUGUUCGGAAUCCGAGCCUGGGAUUCUGAAAUUGACUUUCGGUCCCUUGAAGACGGACAAGACGUGUCGAUUUCAUCGGAGAUUUGGGUCGGAUCGGUUUAUGACGCUCACCUUGCCGGCUCCGGCUCGACCGCCCAAGUAUCUCCAGUUCCUCGAUCAUCCAAGCGUGCUUCGCGAAAGUAUCGCUUUCUGGCUGACCCGUCAUGACCACCGAUGCUUGGGACGAACUUGGAGACCGUUCUUUGUGGAACAGGAAAAGUCCAAAGGUAAAGCUAGAAAGGAUCCCCACUUUCGGAUCGAUUUCUUUGCUGUGGACGGAGUGGACUUUAUCCACAACCCUCUUCGGACGAGUCCUAUUGCACCUCCGCACCAGAAGAGCAAUACGCAUACCCCCAUGAGUGUGGAUAAUCUGCUCGAGUGGCACAUGCCCUUUGCAGAGAACGGUGGUCAGAGCAAUUGUAAACUCUUCCAGCGCAUUUCCCUGGGCCUUUCAAAAACAUUUGCUUCUGUGACACUCAGACCAUCUCAAGUAGUCCGUCUGAGAGAUGACCCCUCGCGAAAACUUCAAAUGAAUGACGGUUGUGCACUCAUGUCAAGAGGUCUGGCGAAUGCCAUUUGUGAUAAGCUUGGUAUCACCGGUGCCACUCCGAGUGCAUUUCAAGGCCGUAUUGCUGGGGCCAAAGGGCUCUGGAUGGUGGAUAGACAUGCAUCAUCUCUCCGUAGUUUUGGUGAGGGUGAUGGCAACGAUAUCUGGAUCCAGAUAUCCGAUACUCAAUUGAAGAUUCACCCUCAUCCUCAAGACUGGAGUGGAUCAUUUGACCCUGAGCAAUUGACCUUCGAGGUCGUGAAGUGGUCUAAACCAUUGAACCCCGUUGAUCUGAACAUCCAGCUCUUGACUAUUCUCGCACAUGGUGGAAAUUGCCGAAACUAUGUUGCCGAGUUAACUAGAAAAAGUAUUCGAGAACCGUUCGAGAAACUCGCGGAUGUGCUCGAUCGCAAUAGCAACGUUGCUUGCCGGGCUUUUCUUCAGGACCUCAGGCCCUCGGGUGAAAAUGUCGCCAACAAGGCCCGACAGCUGGAUCAAUGGGUGACCAAUGAUGCUGAAUUUAUCAUGCACUUAUGCGAGGCGGGAUUCGCUCCACAGACAUUCUUCCCUCUUCGCAAGCGUCUUCGUUACUUCCUGAGUGAUCUUCUUGAUCGGUAUACGGAAGACCUUCAUAUCCAGGUUCCACUUUCAACGUAUGCCUUUUGUAUCGCUGAUCCGUAUGGGGUUCUUGAACCGGAUGAAAUUCAUUUUGGAUUCUCGAAAAAUUGGAAAGACCCGGAUGGCCAAUUUGAAGAUAACUUGUUGGAGGGUAUGGAUGUUCUUGUCGGUCGACUUCCGGCGCAUGUUCCGUCUGAUAUCCAGCGGCGCCGGGCAGUUUGGAAGAGCGAGCUCCGCCAUUUCAAAGACGUUAUUGUGUUUCCCACGAAAGGCGAUCAACCUCUGGCUGAUAUGCUCUCUGGUGGUGAUUACGAUGGUGAUACGCCAUGGGUCUGCUGGGAUCCGAUGCUCGUGCAAGGUUUCCGAAAUUCUAAUAUGCCGACGGAAUCAUUCUCGUUUGAUCACUUUGGUCUUACUAAGUACUCCAUCCCCAUGUCCGAGGUACAUUCUACCGAGGAGUUUCUGCAGGGUGCCUUUGAGUUCAACCUUACCGUGUCGAAUCUCGGACGAUGCACUGUUGAACAUGAGAGAAUUGCUUAUCAUCAAUCCCUUGAUUGCCCUCAGGCUAAGGAGCUUGCCUGCCUGCUCAGUCAUUUGGUUGAUGGACGGAAAGGCGGCGUUCAUCUCUCGGAGCAGGCAUGGCAGGCAUUUCGUAAGAAGAUUAGUCCACGUGGACGCCCUCCUCCCGCGUACCGAGAUUCGGACCAAAAGCCAAAGUUGAACAACAUUAUCGAUUACCUCAAGUUUCAGGUCGUUUCAAAAGAGCGAUAUAAAAUCUUGGCUGAACUUGAGAAGCGGUUCCCCGAAUCGCAAUCCGCCGAAGAGGUAGACGACGAUCUACUUCGCCCGUGGCUCGAGGCCUCGGAAGCAGCCAAGAUUGACCGGGAAUCCGGCAGCGACCUCAGCUUCAUUCUGGACCAGGUCACCCAAUCCAUCGAAAAGCUACACAAAGACUGGACCACAAUGAAGAAUAGCGAAAUACCUUACACGCUUCGAAUUCAGCAAAUCGCAGAAAGUGCACGCGCCUUAUCACCCCCGGAAGUAGGAUCGCAUCCUCUCGCGCACACAUGGCGCAACAGCCCCCAUGAAUGGCGCUGUCUGCUAGCUUCAUGUGCCUACCGCCGAUACCGAAACUCUUUCUCCCCAUUCCAUGCCUUUGGCGAUACACUGUGCCAAUUGAAGGCUUCUAGCGUGCCAUCUCGAACUAUUACCAAUGAGGUUGUGGCCUGUCUGCGGGUCAAUCAGAAGAUGGCUUCUCGCCUCGUGGCGGGGGAAUUACUUGUGCAUAAUACCGAGGUUGAGGAUAGUCAGUAUGAAGGGGAAGAUGCUAUUAUAGAGGCGGUUCUGAUGAGCCAAGAUGCAAAGUAUCUUGAUGAAAUGGAUGAUGGGAUGUCGGUGGAGUGAAGAAUAGAAGAUCAGUUAUGUCUAUGGCUUUUGGUUUGCUAGUCAAUGAUACCCGUGCAUCGUUCUGAGUCAACUUAUCCUGGGUCUACUGCAGUGGAAGGAUUUGGCAUAUGAAAAUGUGCACAUAGAGAAACACGUGUACAAUCCAAGAUGCACAUGAAUGAAGAACACAUUGAAGA